AUGUCUUUCCGUGGUCGUGGUAAUGCUUCCGGUGCCAACCGGGGAGGUUUCGGCGGAGGCCGUGGAGGCCGCGGAGGUUUCCAGCAGUCUUUCGGCCCCCCAGCCCAGGUUCUGGAGAUGGGUUCCGUGAUGCACUCUUGCGAGGGUGAGAUGGUCUGCGAGUCGAUCAACCCCAAGAUUCCUUACUUCAACGCUCCUAUCUAUUUGGAGAACAAGACUCAAAUCGGCAAGGUCGACGAGAUCCUCGGCCCCAUCAACCAGGUCUACUUCACCGUCAAGCCCCAGGACGGUAUCGUCGCUACUUCCUUCAAGACCGGCGACAAGGUCUACAUCGGUGGAGAUAAGCUGCUUCCUCUUGAGAAGUACGAUUCAUUCCUAAUCUUUUCCUCCCCAGGAGCCGCCAAGCCCAAGCGCGCUGGCGGUGGUGCUCCCCGUGGUCGCGGUGGAUUCGGUGGCCGUGGUGCCCCCCGUGGCGGUCGUGGUGGUGCUCCCCGUGGCCGUGGUGGCUUCGGUGGUGGUCGUGGUGGUGGUGGCUUCGGUGGUCGCGGUGGCAGCGGCGGCUUCUCCCGUGGUCGCGGCGCUCCUCGUGGCGGCGGCGGCUUCCGCGGUCGUGGCUAUUGA